GUGCCCUACGCCCGGUCGGAGGCGCAUCUGACGGAGCUGCUGGAGCGGGUGUGCGAGAAGAUGAAGGAAUAUGGGGAAAAAGUGGAUCCCUCCACGCACCGCAAGAGCUACGUCCGGGUCAUCUCCCACGACGGGACCAAGAUGGACCUUUCUGGGGUCAAAAUUGAUGGCGACGUGGCUUCUAGCCUGAAGUUUGCGUGUGAGAGCAUCGCUGAGGAGUACGAGGAUGAACUCAUCGAAUUCCUGUCCCACGAGGCUGACAACGUCAAGGAUCGGCUCUGCA